GAUGUAACCGUUUGGAGGAAGCCCUCGGAAGAGUUCAAUGGGUAUCUUUGAAGAUGAAUUAUGCCUAUAGUCAAGAAAAGCAUGCUGAUUUUUGUUGUGCCAGCAUGGACAGUUGCCAUAUGGAAUUAAGUAGAAUGUUCAAAUUCUUAGGACUCAGCCUUUUUUAAAAAUGAAUCGGCUGACCUCACUUAGUAUAUGCAAAAUGUUCUGUAGUUUCAUACCAGAGAUGCUAUUUCCAGAGAGAUGAGCUGUACACAAUUUUUGACAUGGACGGCAGAUUGGAGAUAUAAAGCCCAAGGAGUUAUGGAUGACGUGGUCAAUAAUGUGAUAGACCACAUACGCCCAGGGCCCUGGCGCUUGGACUGGGACCGGUUAAUGACUUCACUGGAUAUUUUGGAGCACUUUGAAGAGAAUUGCUGUGUGAUGCGUUACACCACUGCUGGGCAGCUUUUAAAUAUUAUUUCCCCGAGAGAGUUUGUUGAUUUCUCCUAUACUGUGGGCUAUGAAGAAGGACUUUUAUCCUGUGGGGUAAGUGUUGAGUGGAGUGAGACGAGACCAGAGUUUGUCCGUGGCUAUAACCACCCCUGCGGCUGGUUCUGUGUUCCACUCAAAGACAGUCCAAACCAGAGUCUCCUGACAGGCUACAUCCAGACAGACCUGCGUGGCAUGAUCCCUCAGUCUGCGGUAGACACAGCAAUGGCAAGCACGCUAGCCAACUUCUACAGCGAUUUGCGGAAGGCUUUGCGAAAGGCAUAGUGUGUUCAACUCAGUGCCGUGGUUCACUGACUCUACUUUUCUCCCUCUGCUACGUGACGUGUACAAGUCCUCAGUUCCUGCCUGCUGCGGCCUGUGGGAACGGACACUGGAGGUGUUAUAGGUGCCAUAGUACAAUCUCGUUUUCUAUUAAAAGUAAAUAGCUAUGUAAAUAGGGCAUUUAAAGUUUCCUAAAAGUUUUAUUUGCACCUUGUUUGGUUGUGGAAGUGUGUCUGUGAGUGGAAAGGGUGAAAUCCCGAGGUUCAGGUCAGGCUAAGUGCAGUCUGUUCAUACGGGUCAAAUAAUACCUUAGGAGAGAGCUGCUGUCUGCUUGGAAAUUAGAGUGUGCAAACUCAUGCUAUUCAUGCUAUUUUGGAGCUUUUUGAACAUUUUGUAAAAUUACACGGGUUCCCAGUGUAAAUGUGUUUCUCUUGCUGUGUUCCGGGAGUUUGCCGAUAGUUUAGACAAAAGGAAAAAGUCCUCCAAAGUCUGUAAAGAUAACGUGCACUGUUCAUUGACUUAUACCAUUUUAAGUAUUAGAAAGAGCACAGGUGACAGGAAUGGCCAUUCUAGUAACCAUAGGCACAAGUCAGUGCAGUUUAAUUUUGAUAUCUAGGUAACGUUCUUCUGCAAAACAUACUUGUGUCAUUAUGUGCAUUCAUUUGUUCUGGGGAUGACUGAAAACAGCCAGGUAUGCACUGGUGACAUCACACUGAGCAGUAGCUGUCACUGAAGGACGCAGCUAGUGGUGUCCCCUCAUCACCAGCCAAGGCCAGUGCUAAAAAGUCGGAUUCAAUGACUGUCCUAGACACACUUCCGUUUUUAAACUAGCGCUCACCCCAAAGCUACAGACUGCAUGCUAAAACGUUCAGUUCUGAUGUAACUUCCAUCUAGAAUUGUAGCAAAAGCAUCAUGAGAGUCAGCCAGGGGCUUAGAUGUCCCAGUGACCAGAAUGAGCUAUGAAUGGAGCUGUCUCAUGUGAGCAUUCCUUCAUGGCUGUCACACUCCAAAUCAUUCUUUGGCUUUUGAAUAUCUACCUGGUUUAUUUGUGACUCUGUGUCCUCCACACCCAUUGUGUGUUUGUGUGAGCACUCAGAGCUCAGUGUUGUGUGUCAGGUCCGAGUGUGUUAUUUUUUCUGCACCUCCCUGGCCUUACGCACUUCCCUUUCCUUCUUCUGUUUGUGUUGCUGGUGGGUGGGUAGGUUUGCCUUUUUGAUUUGGUAAAUGAGUUCUGGAAAUACUUGCAGGCAGGAAGCCACACGAAGGCCUCCAGAAGCCUCCGAUGGUUCAGCUGUGUGAGGGGGUGGUUCAGUGCGGGAGGCCCACUCUUCCCUUUGCAUCAGUUUGUUUCUCCAAGUGUGAAGUCACUUCUUUACGUUCGCGUGACAGUCAAAAGGGAGACUGGCUUUCCCUUUUAAAAGUGUUUUCUUGCAACUGGUGAUAAAGGUGCACAGAGAGCAGAGGUUCAGUGUCGGCGUUCCCGGUGGAUGAGCUCAUAGCUCUGGAACUGAAAUACCACGUCCAGGACCUGCCAGAAGCACUUCCCCCAGAGGGUUGGUUCUCAGUUUGUUCAUCGCUAAGGUCCUUGUCUGAAUUUAUCGUGACUUCUGAACUGCUAGAUUUCAUCAUUGCUGUUCUCUUCAGCAAUAGGAAAAGAAAAUGCAGACUGUCCAGGGAAGAUUGCUAAGUUUUAACUGUUAGAUGUGUCUUCUGUGACUUUACCUGUCUCUAAUAGUGUAGAGCAGUCUCAUAUCUCCCAUUAGUGUGUCCGUGGUGUAAAGGGACGAGAGCGUGGGUACCAGCACUGCAGUGCUGUCAGGACUCUCCCUGCCUGAGCCGGCGUCUCUGAGGAUCCCACUCCUGCCCAGUCUCUGAGCUGGUCUGAGCUGGUGUUCCUUCGUUCUCAGCAGCUAGACCUCCAGACAGCCAGGGUGCUGAGGUAAUUCCCUGCGGAGCGUGGACCCACCACAAGUAAAAGAACCCUGGUGGAAAUGUCUUCAUGGCCUUUGUGGGUUUCACAGUGGGCUCAGAAGUUAUAUGUGAGCUGUCUGAUACACGUGUCUAUUAAUGUAGAGUUCAUGUAAGCUACAGUUUACCAUGGUAAAAGGGUGAGUGUCCUUUAAAAAAACAUUUGAAGAGCUGUGCAGCCAUCACCACAGGGCACUCCCAAGAUCCCUUUUUUUCUGUAUUCACUGGGCAUAGUCAUCUAACCAGUGUUUACACAGUGGCCAGCAUAGGGGAGAGGAUGAAAAAGAUGACGUCAGAACCUCCUAGGUUUUACUUCUGAGAGUAGAGUCGUGUGUGUGUGUGUGUGUGUGGUGUGGUGUGUGGUGUGUGUGUGUGUGUGUGUGUGUGUGUGUGUGUGUGUGUGUCUGGGUGUAUAAGGAGUUGGAGGGUGGGCGUGUGUGCAUGUGUGUGUAUUUAAGCUCAGGAACAUUUACAUGUGUUAAGUGUGUUUAUCUCGAGUAUUGUAAUAUACAAAUGAUGUGAAAUGAGGAUACUUGCAUAGUGGGAUCUGCUGCUUCUAGAGCAAUCCUAUUGCAGAAAAAUAAUACAAGCCAUAUAUGUAACUUAACGUGUCCUAGCAGAGGCUGGGACAUGUUGGUAGUGAAGGAGCAUUUACUGCCCUUGCAGAAGCACCCACCACGGACGGGGCUUACAGCGUCUAUAAUUCCGUUCUGAAGGAUUUUGUGCCCCUCUGGCCUCUGCAGACAUAGGCAUGUACACAGUGCAUACACACACACAUGAAGGAAAAAAAAAACACUCAGACAUAGAAAAAGUACACAGCUGAAACCCAUUGUAGCAGCGUUUUCUUUGACUCCAGAUCCAAACUGAUCGCAAGGCAUUGAGAUGCCGUAGGGGUCUAUUAACUCUUUGAAAUAGGACGGGCGUUUUCCUGUUGGCACCCGUCAUACCUCAAGCACUCAUUAUCCACAUGAGGUCUGCAGCUGUCGUAAGAGCAGCACCAGCCUACAGCACCUUUCAUUUGCUGGAAGAGGAAGGGGACAGUUCAGGAAUUGCUUUCUUCCACAGAAUCUCUUAGAGCUGAGCACCGUGAGUGCCGGCUGCACAAGACGUGUACUUUAGAAAUGUACAUACAUAAAUUACUGGUUUCCAGUAAAUUAAAAAUUAUUGCCUCAAAAUUAUUUUCACUCCAAGUGACUUUUGAUAGGCCCGUGAAGGAGAAGUGUAACCUGUCACAUUGCUGUGUGGAUGAGCGCUUCCUGCCGUGUGUAGCUUGCUGAGGAACUGUGUGUGCUCUGGAAACACACGUUCUGGAGACACUGCUCUUUUUCAAUGAAAUUAGUUUCAUGUAAGUGACAUUUUGGUAGGAGAUACUGGUUUUUGUUUUAAAAAAAAAUCUUGAUCACUCUUCAGUGAUUAAAGCAAUACUCAGCAAAAAUCUUGAUCUCUCCUCAAUGAUUAAAGCAAUAUUCAGCAAAAAUAACAGUAGUCGUAUUCUUAGUUUUCUGUGCUAUAAACCACUGGAGCAUUAGCUUAUGUUUAAAUAUCAGGGUUUCUUUCCAUGCACACAAUGGGUGUAUUUGAAACCGGGGGUUUCCAAGUGUAAAACUGUAUCCCGGUUAUCAGGAUGUUUCCCUUCAUCUUCCUGUCUUUUCUACUUGAGGAUCAUCUGAUUAAUACUUACUGAACUAAGCUAAUGUAUCACGGUAAGAAGAAUAUACCUGAGGUUCUGGAGAAGGGGAGAAAACACCCCAGUCCUUGUCCCCGUUGGGUCUGAGAAGUCCCCUUUGCUGAGGGUGGCACUUUGUGUCUUUAUGAGAGCACAGUCGCCUCUUUAGGACCAGAUACUCAAUUAAAUGUCCGUCGUAGCUUUCUGAACCCAAAAGAGAAGCUAACAGAACCAGAGAAGCUAGUGGAGAUCUGCCUUUGAUGAGGACUCCUUUAAAACUUACAUGGACGUUUGUUCGGGCCUUUUCGCCCUUCUGUCUUUCCCUGUGGUGCUGAGGCCUGGUGCAUGCUGGGACUGAGCUACACUGCUGGCCCCUAGGUGAGCACAUUGGUGAUGAGAUCUGAGGAAAGAAGAAGCACGAGCUUCUACAGCACAGGGCUGGAGUUCUGGUCUCCUCAUUUUAUUUCCAGGGAUUAUGCAGAUACUGCUGUGUACUAAAAUUCAUCUCUUACAGUCCAACAAAUGAUGUAUUAAGAUUAUUUUAGGAAGUGUAUUAUUUUAUGUAUCUGUAUGUGGAAUUAGAAUAAAGGACUGCUGAUAUAAAUGAGAUGUAUAUUUUUAAAUUACAGUGGAGUAUAUGUGAAUAAAGAUUUCUAGACACUCUU